GCUCUGUGCCAAAAGCUGGAGAGCGAGACAGUGAGGGAAGGAGGAAACCCUGAGGAGUCAAUGACUGCUUCUAAACAACGGGAAUCAUAUAGGAAAUAUUGCUUCUCUUAGCUGUGGGUACCAGGUCACAACAGUGAGAAAUGCGGGUGGGCUGGUGUCCGGUGAGAUAACCAUCUCGUCUCAGGCUCGCUCAUCGAAGUUUGGGCAGAAGAAGUUCACAGCGACACGGCCAUUACCGCUGUCACCGGGACGCUUUUCUUCCGUUGACACAGCCCGAAGAUACAGAGACAGAAAACAUGGUGUCCUGGAUCAUUUCGAGAAGCGUUGUACUGCUGUUCGGGACCCUGUAUCCUGCAUAUUACUCUUACAAAGCUGUCAAGACCAAAAAUGUCAAGGAAUAUGUGCGAUGGAUGAUGUACUGGAUUGUUUUUGCCCUCUACACUGUGGUGGAAACCAUCACUGACCAAACUGUAGCAUGGUUUCCUCUGUACUAUGAGCUGAAGAUAGCCUUUGUGAUAUGGCUACUGUCCCCCUACACCAGAGGAGCCAGUCUCAUUUACAGAAAGUGUCUGCACCCACUGCUGUCCUCCAGAGAGAGGGAAAUAGAUGAGUACAUUGUACAGGCCAAAGAGAGAAGCUAUGAAACCAUGGUGAACUUUGGCAAGCAGGGACUGAGCAUCGCAGCCACCGCCGCCGUCAGUGCAGCUGUCAAGGGUCAGGGAGCCAUCACAGAGAAGCUGCGUAGCUUGAGUAUGCAUGACCUCACACAGAUAAGCCAGCAGGACGACAGAGGAAACCAGCUGUACCAGUACAGCUCCCACUCUGCAAACCCCGCCAUCAGGAGAUCUCAGAGCACCGAUGCUGCUGACGGACCAGAAUACUUUUAUGACCAGGAGGAGAGGUCGGAUGAGGAGACUGAGCCAACCUUCUCUGAAGAUGAGGCUCUUACUCAGAAAGGCCUGAGACGAUCGCAGAGUGUCAAGAUCACACGGUCCAGAGUCCGUAAAGAUGCUCGUUAUGGAUCCCUGAGGAUUAAAGGCAAGAAGAGACCAGCACUGAGCUCUGUUAAUUAUGGCACGUAAAACGACUACUGCUGAGACACCCAGCAGACAGCAGACGGCCUGCUGAUUGGUGGAUGGUUUUGUCAGUCUGUAUUCCAGCUCUUGUCAGUCUGAACUCCCUCGUCUCUCUGAUCGUGAGCUUUGUGCUGACAUAUUUAUCUCCUAACUCAUCUUAAACCAGAGACUCUCAGAGAAUUUUGUCUUUGGGAUGAUUACAGACAUGCAAACUUUGCAUGGAUGUUUUGUUUGUUUUAUCUGUUUUCUUUACUGUUGUAGUGUUUAGGUGUGAUGUUAUAUAUCUGUGGUCUUUAGAUUUUAGAUUAAUUUGUAAGUCAUUUUUUUAUUUGUGGUACCACUUUCUAAUAAGACAUCCUCUAUGUGCAGUUGAUGUAAAACAAAUGCUUUAUUAAUUGCACAGGUAUGAGCUUCUAAUAUAAGCAAGGUUUUGGGUUGCCAGGUUUGGCUGUGGUUUGUGAACUUGCUGUGUUUGUGUCUGUCUCCAAGUAGACUGUCCUCUCGUCUUCUGGAUCAGAUAUUUUAAUUAUAAUAAAAAAAGUUUUAAGAUAAUAGCUACAGACUCUGUGGCUUCAUAAAAGUCGGAGCCAGGACACUUUUAAUGGUGAUGUAGUGAACAUAUUAGUGACGUUAGCAUUCAUCUCUAGUUCGUUUUCAUUUCUUUCGGAAAUGCCAACUUUGGCAUCUGUUAUCAGAGAACCAGCUGUCAGUGAGGAAAGUGAAUAAUAAUCAUUACAACAAUCCAAAGAUAUUUUUUACAACCUGUCAACCCAAAAGUUUUUAUUUCUAGCUUAUAAAUGCUCAACAAAGCAUUAUUAAAGGAUUUUAUUACCCAUUAGGUAAAGUGAAGCCUUUAACCUUUUGAAAACAUGGCAUCCGUUUUGCUUCUGCUGCCUUUCAGGUAUUUUAUCGAUGAGGGACUUGUUUAAAGGACACUCUAACACUUUUUCCAGUUUGAGUCAGUUAACUGCUCUGUGGCUUAGGAUACUAAUGAAUGCUUUUUUUUUUUUGACAUGGGUGGACUCAAUCAGGCUCAGACACUUGCAUCAUUCCCUGAUACAGUGGUAACAGUAUGAGAGCCCAUGUCCCAGAGGGACACCAUCCGGUCUGAACUCUUGGACUUUGGGAGAAGAGGGAAAAAACACGUUGAUAAACACAGGGAUGAACUCCCACUCCUUUUUAAUGAUGAUUUCUUAUUUUCCUGCUUUUACUCAUGUAUUUUCAUAUGAACACAUCCCUAGUUGUAAAUGUCUACCUGUAUAUCUUAGUAACAGAGAAGAUUAGCCUUUUGAAAGUUAUUUUUGUGUUGUUUUGCACAUAUACCUCCUCCCAAAUAUUUUAUAUCAUUGCUGUUGUUGCUUGUCAUCUCAUUUUAUAAUGUACUAUGCUGUGUGAGGAUGCAGCACAGAGUGAGCUUAAAAUUCUUGCUGAUGGACACUAAUACUUGCAGAGUGUUGUGUUGUAUUGUAAGGUGUGAUUUGUUUUUGUUCUCUUGUACUGAAGUUAGAGAUACACUCCUGACAAACUGCAGAAGGUUCCUUUAACAGUGACUGUGGUGUAGAGUCAGUUUUUACUGUUUCUCUGGCAGAAACAUUGUCCCUCUAAUCAGUCGAUGUGCUUCUGACGCAACACUACAAGUGAUUUGUGUGUGUUCUUGGAAACAUGGGAGCCGAUACAGCUGGGUGACGAAUUAAAGGAGAAACAUGAAUCCAGUGCUGACAGUGAGUAUCUGGAAAGUCUAAUAAAGAGGCCUGGAUUUUGUCCUCAUCUCUUGCUUUGAAAUCACUCUAAGAAGGGAUUUCCUCAUGGCCAGUUUUUAAAAGAGAAGAGGUUAUCAGCCCAUUUUAACUACAUAUUUUCAGCAGGGCUCGGACGCUUUAAUAUUAAGAUCUUGUGAGAGUUAAAUUAUGAAUGUUUGUGCAAAUUCAAGCAAGCACAGUAAAUCAUUUAAUAUAGUUUGUGAGAAGCAGUGUGGAGGGCUUUUAGAUUCUGGAUUCUUGAUAAUGGCCAAAACUGCUACAGCUGUUUGUUUUUUUACUGUUAAAGACUGUAGACUCGCCUGCUGCUGCCGCUCCAACGCAGCAGACCAGAAACACUUGUGCAAAGGGCUCAUAUAAAGGCCAUUUACCGAUUAAUGAUCACAUUGUUUUAAAAUGUUGGUUCGAGCUCUUUCCAACUCGAACUUUUUUCAAAGUGAAAGCCCUAGAUUUAAGAUGGAUGCAAACCUAGUCACAAGCACAAAUGAAAUGUCAUGCCUGUGUGGGAGGACCUGUGAAGACAUGAACAGAGCCUGUGUCUGUUCUUCCCUCUAGUAGAAUUCAACUCACUUGGAUCCAUCUCUGACAAGGAGCACUGGAGUGUUGUGGUGGGACAGCACCUUUCUCGAGCUGUUUUUACACCUGCAUGUCUGUGAAUGCUGCAAUCCACGUGACAGACAACUGUCCAGAAUGUCCAAACCAUGUGUGCCCAUUAGAGUGUGCCUGCCCAGACUUCCAGUGGAGUAUAUCAGGGUCUUCACCUGCUGUUGGAUUUUCCUCUUGUCAUUCAUCUCUGAGGAAGCCUGUGAACAUCUCCUUCCUAUGAGUGACUGUUUAAUGCCCUGACAAAUUGACUGUCUCCUACAUGUGACCUUGUAAGUGAUGUAAUAUAUUUACCAUAAGUCUAAUCCGGCUUUAUUGAAACCAAAGCUCUUUUUAUUUGGGUUCAAUAACACGCCAAACUUGUUCAUGUCCUAAUGUCCAAUUCUAACAACUGACUAAUGAUGCCAAAGCUUCAUGUAGUCACCCUGAGCUGUUGGGCUGGCCUGUUUGAGGUUAAACAUCCGGUGUGUGGCUUGCUGGAUUGUUAUUGCAUAAAAUAAACGCUGCCCCAUCACAGUGAGGGCAACAAAUAAA